AUGCGGCGAUGGAAGGACGAGUACGACGCCGCGGAGGCGGAGUGCGCGGCGAUGCAGAGAGAGAGGAAGGUGAACGUCGCGGCGGCGGCGACGGCGUUUUUGAAGCGGAAGAUCAACAGAGCGCACGCGGUCGCGAUCAAGCCCGCGAGGGAGCGCCGAGGGCGCGCGUACCGGCUCAUGCGCACGCGCGGGUUCGGUACGGAGGAGGAGGAGCGCGCCGCGGAGGCGCAGGAUGUCUGGGAGCCGCCGUCGGAGGCGUGA